AUGGAGCCAAACACCCGCCUUUCAAUGGAAGUUGGCUACGAGUGCCUCUACCACAGCGGCCUCAGGAAACAGGAUGUGCAGGGCAAGCCCCUGUCCUACUACCUCGGUUCCACCGCUACUCUGACUGGGAUGUUCCGCGGCGAUCCGGUACACGUCAGGCUGCCUUACUUUCUGGGACUGGCUGGGCCUUGCACUUCAGUGGAUACCGCCUGCAGUUCUGCACUGGUCUCGGCAGACUUGGCCCACCAG